AUGUCGAGAUCGUUCAAAAAGAAAGUAACCUUUAAGGAGCAGCCAGUUGUUUGUGAAAAAACUGCUAAACGAGAAGUUGCAUCCAACCUCCACUCCAGUGUCAUUGAGUCCUACUUCCCUUUCAUCGUCAAAAAGCUUUCAUUGUCAACUCCCUUGUACCGGAGUUUGAAAGAAAAGAGAGUCUUGACUACGGAUCAAAUAGGACAGAUUGAGUUGGAAGGCUUGGCUGAGCUAAAGGUGGCCAAACUUCUCGAAAUUGUUAGAAAUGCUGAUUCCCGUGUGUUCAAAUCAUUUUGCAAUGUUCUUGGUGAGAUUGGAUACUGGUAUCUUGCUCAGACUCUUCAAGCAGCUAUUGAAGAAAAGGAAUGCACAUCUACAGGACAGCUGUCUGUUAUAAAACAAGAAGUCUUGAAAGAAGUCUUCCUGCUUCCAAAGGAGGUUCAAAAAAAUCUAAAAGAAGACAAUCUGAAGUUACAAAGGAAAGUGGAGCAUAUGAGGAAGGAAUAUUUACAGAGAAUCAAAGAACUUGAAGAAGAAUUGGCUUGUGUGAGUCGGGAGAGAGACACGAUUGUGAGAGCGUGUAACAUGACCACACUGGAAAACCAGGCACUGCAAAAACUCAACCGUGAGCUCCAGCGAGUGAUUAGAAAGCUGGAAAGCUGGAGAUGUAAUAUGUCAGUCAAGUGUCCUGGUUACAAUGUGAAUAUGCUACCCCUGUGGCAAAGUACCACUGGGCAGACCAGCCUGCUGCUCACCUUCUGUGAGGGGAAGUAA